CAUCAUAAAUUCGCCACAGUUCCAAUCGAUCGCACAAACCUGUAAAAAUUAUAGUAAGAGUGAGUAUUUAAAAAUACCCAAUAAGAUAAGUGCAGUUUCCAUACACAAAUAUAUAACAAAUAAAAUUACACUUUAUACCACUCUGCUCUUACGAAAUAUAUUGAUGAUCAAGCAAAACACUCAUCUUAGGUCCUCUUAUAAUCCCCUAAGAUUUCAUCUUUCUUUUUUAACGAACCUGAAGGUCCAUUGACAAUUCAGACAUAUUUAAUUGAAUUUCCUGUUGCCGUUACUGAUCUAGGAGAAAUGUUGGGCAAUGAUUUACUGAAUUGUAAAUAGAUUUAUUGAAAUGGAUAGAAACUAGAAAUAGAAAUUGAAAGAACAAUUCCAAGCAUUUGAGAGGCUGGAUCUCGCCUAAUAGACUCAACAAAUUACUCAAUAUUUUGCAUGCCUUUCCUUUUCUUUUUCUCUUCUAUUUAUAGGCAAUCCUUACUAUAGCCUAUUACAUUUUUAUCCCUCCUAACUAACUAGUGAACAUUCUAGAAUCUGUCUUUAUUAGACUCUAUCAUUACUCUCCACCUCGAAAUCCACCUUGUUCUCAAGGUGGAAAUUGUUGCUGUCUUGGUCAAUUCAUCAUGCAACCUCGCAGUUUCCUUGCAAGAACUCCAGUCAUGGUCACUAUGGAGUAUGGGUGUUUCAACCUUUCGAAGUGGACGGACCUACUCAGUUGAGCAACUAUCACCAAUAUAGUGUCCAGGGCAAUUCCAUAUCCAGUUGCCCCUAUCACCAACGGAGAUUUUGCAUAUGCAAUAGGCUGAGGCACUGAGCAAGCAUUUUCUUCAGUUUGUUUACACAUGCCCCCCUUGUGAAAUUAUUGUAGUCAUCCACGUAGAUUUCAUCAUGCAACAUGUAGAUCCCUCCUCUUCUUUCAUCUUCUCCAACAUCCCUAAGUAUGUUCGUCCAUUGAUUUGCAAUCCCCAAUGCCAAAACAGCAAUAUCAACACUCUCGGUAGUUGCCUGGGAUUCGGGUGCAAUUUCCCUCGCCAUCGUUGCUUGACGAAGUACAGUAGAUGCAGUUGAUUUGGAUUUACCUUGAAAAGCAAGGGGCUAUUCAACGAUUUUUGAAAAUAGGAAAAUUGUAGGCGGUAACUUACCGGUAGGUUGAGCCUAUUAAGUUUACUUCCAUGUGUGUCGAAAUUUAGUGGGGCUUGUUUCACAACUUCACUGCUGCCUUUCCCCUGUUGGGCCAAUUCCAAAACCAAGCCUAUAGGUUCUUUCAUCUGAAAUUCAGCCAUCAAUUCCAGCCCAUUCUCUUCCCCUUUCUUCUCCGUUGUCUUCUUCUCCUCCAGCAAUAGUCCUUGUUCAUACACUCCCCUCAAAGAAGAAGCUAGGAACCUGGUUUGCCGGUAAAGUUCUAAUAGAUCCGGACGUUGUUGCUGAUCUGAUGCUGAUCUAUAGAGCUGCUGGAAAGGAUUCUUCUCUGCUGCAACAGUAGAUCUAAUGGCUGCAGCUGGUGAAUCUGCUCUGGACAUAUUUAAAGCCAAAGACAUUCCUGGAACUGUAUUAAAAGGAGUUCCUGAUUAUUGUACCGUGUAUGUCAUCCACAAAGGAAAGAUUUCAUCCACACGAGCUGCUUCCCGACUAGCGCCAUCCAUCCUCACUCCACUUCGUAACCAGAUAAUGCUUCAGGCCUGCGGCAAAUCUAUUGCGUCUGAGGCAUCGUUACCCUCCAGUUAUAAUUCCAGAAGUUCUAUUUCAGGGUCUUCAAGGCGAGGAUCUGAACCAUCUCCACAUUCCACGCAAAAUGAGGCAAACUUUAUCAAAUCACCGUUUACUCACAGGAAGGCCCCAAAUGGCAAACCAUAUGAACUCUCAGCGCCUGAUACUGACAUAUCUUUUGUCAGUUCUGGAAGGCAAAGCGUUGAUAUGUUCCAAUCAUUUGCUGACAGCUUAGAUAACUCUCUAACCCCUCCUCGGCUUUCAGGCUUCUCAGACAUAGAUAGCCAAGGGUUAGACUCAUGGCAACUUGGGAGCAAAUCCGUAGGCACAGUAACCCCUCCAGAAUUCUCAUCUGCCACACCUGAGAAUGAUAAAUUUGCAGCGCAGGCAAUGGAGGAAGUGGAAGCAGAAAUGAGAAGGUUAAAGCUGGAGCUCAAGCAAACAAUGGAUAUGUAUAGUACUGCCUGCAAGGAGGCUCUCUCAGCAAAAGAAAAGGCAAAGGAGCUCCAACGGUGGAAAAUAGAAGAGCAAAGGAGGAUAGAAGAGGCUAUGUUAGCUGAAGAAGCUGCAGUGGCACUAGCAGAAAAGGAAACGGCCAAGUCCAGGGCAGCCCUUGAGCAUGCUGAAGCAUCUCAAAGAAUAGCAGAGCUGGAGUCGAAAAAGAGAAUCAAUACAGAAAUGAAAGUACUAAAAGAAUCAGAAGAGAAGGGUAAGGCACUAAUCUCUAUGGGACAAUCAAAUGUCAGGUACAGGAGAUACUCAAUUGAGGAGAUUGAAACUGCAACAGAAUAUUUUUCAAAAUCUCGAAAGAUUGGUGAAGGAGGUUAUGGACCAGUAUACAAGUGCCAUCUGGACCAUACCCCUGUAGCAGUUAAAGUCCUUCGCCCUGACGCUACUCAUGGAAGAUCACAGUUUCAGCAGGAGGUUGAAAUAUUAAGUUGCAUACGGCACCCCCAUAUGGUCCUUCUUCUAGGAGCCUGCCCUGAGUAUGGUUGCUUAGUAUAUGAAUACAUGUCCCAUGGAAGCUUAGAAGACCGCUUAUUCCAACGCGAAAACACCCCACCUCUAUCUUGGCAGCAGAGGUUCCGAAUUGCAGCUGAAAUUGGCACUGGCCUGCUUUUCCUCCACCAGACCAAGCCAGAGCCCCUUGUACAUCGGGAUCUGAAGCCUGCCAAUAUCCUGCUUGAUCGUAACUAUGUAAGUAAGAUUAGUGAUGUUGGCUUGGCCAGGCUUGUCCCUCCAUCUGUGUCAGAUAGUGUCACUCAGUAUCGGAUGACAUCCACUGCGGGAACUUUCUGCUACAUAGAUCCAGAGUACCAGCAAACGGGAAUGCUUGGUGUAAAAUCUGAUAUAUACUCCUUGGGAAUCAUAUUCUUACAGCUUCUUACGGGAAAGCCACCAAUGGGUCUGACUCAUCACGUUGAAAGAGCUAUUGAGAAAGGAACCUUCCGUGAUAUGCUGGAUCUAGCUAUACCUGAUUGGCCCUUUGAAGAGGCCCUAAGCUUCGCUAAAUUGGCACUCAGGUGUUCUCAAUUAAGAAGGAAAGACAGACCAGAUCUUUUUAAAGUUGUCCUGCCAGAACUGAACAAACUGAGAGAGCUUGCAGAAGAUAGCGAGUCCAACUUAAUACCAUUCAGUGCAGCCCCCUUGGCCAGCCAUAGUCAAGUUUCUGUGUCUAAAGACUUUAGUUAUCCACCAUCUCCACAAUCAAGCAUGGGGAGCUGAGAAUAAGUCAAAAGCAAGAUGACUGAAAGUAGUUAUAGGUAUGUACAGAAAUUUUUUCUUUCCUGCCAUUCCCAAGUUGCUAAUGCUCUCUGAAAAGUAAUUUCAGUUCCUUCAGAUUGAACUACCGAUGAGAAUGCUUGUACAGUUGCAAAGGCCCUGCACUUCAAAAUUUUCCGAAAAGUGAACAACCUUUCCUUUUAUUAUUUAUGUACUAUAAUACCAUACCAAUCGAUUUAUUCAUUGUAUGUGGCUUACAUAAAUCAAUUAAAAAAAAUGCUUCGAAUUGCAAUUCA